AGAGACUACUCGUAUAAAUACAGUGAAUCAAUGUGCAAAAUUCAUUGAACAUUAGACUUCCCCGCUAUAGAAUAGAGUGCCCCUCCCCUGCUGGAGCUUUUCCAAGAAAAAAUAGUACUCUACUAUUGAAAAGGAACUUCCUCCACAUGCACUCACUUCACUAUUAUUAAUAAAAACCUCUCGUUAAAAGCAGCAGAGCAGACUGUUAAUUUGUGAAGUCAUUGUGGAUAUAGCAAAUCAUGGAGAGUGUAAACCAGUUACAAAGAAAACUAGCUGACUACACUUCUUCCUUGUACAAUGAGAAAUUUCUGGAUGAGCAGUUCAUACAACUGCAGCAACUUGCAGAUGAGAGUAACCCUGACUUUGUGGUUGAAGUUGUUUCCCUUUUCUUUGAAGAUUCUGAAAGGCUUCUUAAUGAACUAACAAAAGCUCUCAAUCAGCCAAAUGUAGACUUCAAGAAAGUUGAUGCUCAUGUUCAUCAGUUGAAGGGUAGCAGCUCCAGCAUUGGUGCACAAAGAGUUCAAAGAAUGUGCAUUGCCUUCCGUAAUUAUUGUGAGCAACAGAUUGUUGAAGGGUGCAUAAAAUGUUUGCAACAAGUAAAGAAUGAGUACACCCUUGUCAAAAACAAGCUUGAAACUUUAUUUAAGCUGGAGAAACAACUCGUGGAUGCUGGAGGUUCAUUACCUGUGGUGUGAAUAUUCAAGAAUAUUUAUUGAGAUGUGAAAUAUGAAUUAUGUGAAAUUCCAUUAUGCUUAAUUCCAAGUUUAGAGCUUCUUUGGAUAUGCUAUAAAGUUUUCAUGAAAUUUCGAGCUUCAAUUUUUGGCUUCAAAAGUAUAAGCAAUGAGAGAAAAGAUGAGAGAAUCUUUCCAAAGACUUGACCAACUGUUGUAGUAACCAUUUUAAUUGGGUUGUAAAUUAGUCAAAUCUCCACCACUUCAAUAAUGCUUGUCGAAGCAUGACCAAGUUUCAACUAAAUUGUCUUGCUGUAUGCUUUAAUAAUGUAAACAUUUUUGUUUGAGUUUAAGUUUCAUGCAUA